GUAAAUCAUUUGUUCCAGGCGCAGAGGAGGAAGGAGGCCGUGUUUUUAUUUUUUGUUUUUUGAGAAAACGGCUCUUCUGCUGCCAACUUAUUACCCUUAAGUGUUUCUUUUUUUUGGCGUGGAUCUCUCGUGUGUGUGUGUGGCGAAAGACACGGGGCACUUUCACCCAGGAAAGUCUUUGUGUGUACGUGUGUUUCCCCGUUCGUUCCUUGUGGGAGACUCAAGAGGGUGGAGAGGGACUCGCAAAAAACGUUUUUGCGGUCUCUUCUGAUAUAUAUAUAUGUAUAUAAUCCGAUGUCGUUUCCCAACUCGAUUGUUGCAUGGCGGUCCCCCGCGGCUGGCGGGGCUGUGGUGGACGUUCUUCAGAGCUCGCCGACUCUCCUACAGUACCUUACCAACGAUGCAAGCGCCAACGAUGGCCGCCGUCCGCCUAGCUCGCACCGCAGGCUCUUCAUUAUGUUUCCUGGCAAUCCGGGCAUCGUGCAGAUCUAUCAGGACUUCUGCAAUUCGCUGGAAACGCAUAGAUUCGACGUCCUGGUGAUGGGCUUUGCGGGCCACAGCCUGACGGACCUGAACGCCGGCCGCGUCUUUGGUUUGUCAGACCAGGUGGACGUCGCGGACAGCUUCGUCGCCGCGCUGCUGAACCGCAACUCGCAGCAGAAGUAUAAUGGCAACGUUUUCGUCGGUGGACACAGCAUUGGCGCGUUCGUCGCCCUCCAGAUGGUGGCGCGCUAUCCGAGCGUGAAGAAAUACUUCGGCCUGUGCCCCGUCAUUUCUCGCAUCAAGGACUCCCCGAACGGGCUGAAGAUGCCUUUCGUAGUCAGCCGUAUGGCCCAGCUGUGUCUCGCGGUGGUGGCCGCGCUGCUAGCGCUUCUUCCGUACCGAUUGCGGUUUCUGCUCAUCACGCGGCACGAGCCGAAUCUGACCACCUCCUUCAGCGACUCCCUCGCUCGUCACUUCCACCGGAAGUGUUUGGUAAACAUGUUUUACAUGUCAAUGACAGAGUUCUGCAUGCUGCUGCAGCCCGAUGCGCCGCUGCUGAAGUUUGUGCAGGAGCGACUGGUGAUGUACUACGUAAAGAAGGAUGACUGGGCACCGCCCGCGUACGCGGAAGAAAUCAAUGCUCUCUGUCCUCGUCUUAGUGCCUUCGUCAUGGAGGAAGACGACGCGGUGCCGCACGCGUGGUGCCUGCGCAACAGCGAGACGGUGAUUAAGAAUGCCAUUCUCCGGUUCUGUUGA